AUGGAGGACGAGGAGAUGGAGAAGAAGGUGCUCGCAUACUUGAAGAAGAAAGGCUUCUUGCAGACCGAGCUCGCCCUUCAAGAAGAGCUUGGUCGGCUCUCGUCCUCCUCUCACCCCGAUAUCCCCAGGCCAGAGAGUGGUGUGCUUCGAUAUCAUGAUGGUUAUAGUAAGCUAAGAUCUUGGGCGUACAAUUCUUUGGAUUUGUAUAAGGUAACUCAUGCCAAAUUCUUCAGCUUUGUAUUCUUGAAUUAUGGAUGA